CAUACUGUCAAAAUGUAAAAUUAAUCAAUCGAUCUAAAAUCGCGAUUCCUGACUAAAGCAAUCUACAAAUUUUCAACAUUUUAAUGUUUUCUUAUACAUAAUUUAAGUUUAAAAUUUUUUUUUAAAGUAUACAAUAUCCAACAAAAUGAGUUUUGUGGAUCUUGCAACUUUAACAUUCCACCGACGAAAUGAGCUGGAAGCACGGAUUAAUAUCUUCUUAGAGAAAAGCGAACAAGCUAUAAACGAAAUAAAAAAAUUACAAGUCCAGUCUCAACAAUUUGUCCAUAAGUUGAACUGUGAACCCGCAGACCUGAAGGAGUCCUUCUUGACUUGCAUGAAACAACUUGAUGAAUACACAUACCUAAUCACAGACUUCAAUCUGUCUGUUAAUAAGCUUGAAGGGAACAAUGCUGUGGAAUAUACACCAGUAUUAGACAAGUUCAGUAAUACGCUGCCAACACCCGCGCCUCAAGCCCCCAACCUAAUAGAUGUGCUCAGUGAACCGACACCGUCUACUUCCACUGUCUGUCCAAACCUCUGCCCUGAGAAACUAACACCAGUGAGGUGUAAGAAAGAAGACCAACUCCUCAUUGAUUUCUCCAGCGCUUCUUGUUCCUCUGAAAGUGUACCAAUACAGAAGAAUGAAGACAAAGAAAUACAGUGCGAAGUGGCGAAUGAAUUGAACAACUUAUCCUUGAAUAAACAGUUGGCCCUGAGCGAACAGCACAAUUUACCCGCCCAGACGGUCCUACAGUGUGACAUCUUAUAUACGAGGUGUGCCAUCAUUUCAACAGAGGGCCUCGCACUCUGGAUUAUCACCGAUGAUCUCGAGGAAAUCUGCAGAUUAAUGGCGGAAAUGACGGAGUACUAUAAGGAGAACAGCAUGUUGCUCACUCAUGAUGAGAUACGCACAUUACAGUACUGCGCUUUCUACGAUGAGGAAAAUAGUGCCUGCUACAGAGGAUUCUUCAUUAAACUCAUCGAGGACAGCGUUGAAGUGUUUCUGGUAGAUACGGGCGAAAUGCGAACAACGCCAUCAAGUUGUAUCAAACCACUGCUAGAGCGCUUCUGCAAAUAUCCGCCGUACGCGCGCUGCUGCCAUCUUGCGGGGGUUGAUCUGUUGCAUAAAGAGGAUGAAGAUAUGAUGACUAAACAAGAAGACUUUUUAAAGAAUUAUGUGGGUAUGGCCUGUCAAAUUGAAGUUGAUGAUAACACUUCUGAAUCACUGGGCGUGUACGUGAUACUGCCAUCGAAGGAGACCAUAAACGACAUCAUGGUGAACCAGGGUCUAGCUGGCCCGAUAGACAAACCCGUUCACGCAGUGGUGAGCCCUGAUCUCUCGGAGUCAGUGUCAGUCUCGGUGGACAGUGAUAUCGACAUCACAGAGUGCCCAGAAUAUGAAGAUCCCGUGGAAGCUGUCACGGGUUACAGCAAUCGUGAUGAGGCUGACAUCUGCAAACAUUAUACAGGCGGCCCCGAGAAGACUUGCUUCAAAGGACCACGCUGCAACAAAAGACAUGUUAUGAAACACCCAGACGGCUGGACUCUGGACCGCGUGGAGGCGUUAACUCACAAGCCGCUGCCGCUGCCUCCGCCAGACACCUGGCACAAAGUGCUUGUCACCUACGUUUGCCACUUCAAUCGCAUCUACGUGCAGUUCAUCGACGAAAAAAAAACAGAUGAGCCGUUGCCCGAAUUCGGCGUGAUUCGCCCUCCAAUGACGCUGGAGGCGCUCGUACGGGACAUGAACAGCCCCGCGACCAGGACAGCAUACAAGCCACUGAAGACUACGCCAGCGCCAGGCGAACUAGUGGCAGCGCUGUACCCACCCGAUGACCAGUGGUACCGUGCGUGCGUCCGGUUCUCUUCCCGCGCUGACCAGAAUGUUGAGCGCCCGGGAUUACGACGAGAUAACGAUAGAAUUAUUCGACGAGAAAGAUUACAGCGUGGCAGAGACCCUCGCCGAACUCGAUAUGGUCAAACUAGAAGAAUACACGGUAGAAGACGACACCAAUGUCACGCAGAAACUCGUCGUACCAUAGACUAGUAAUCUCAUUUAAAUCUCAUAGAUUAAUAAACAUAAAUACGUACCUAGAUUGAAUUCACAAUCUCAACAUAUUUAAUUCUUUGAGAUCAAAUGUUAGCACAAAUUCAUAUUAAAUCGAAUUUUAUAAUUGUAUAUCUCUUAACUAGUUGUGUCCUGCAGUAAAAUAAGCCUGUUGCCGACUACGUAGUUGUCUAUAAGUGAAAUAAUGCUUGAAUAAGUAUAUCUAUUACAAACAAACACACAUACAUAAUAUCAGUAGAUAGAAUAUUUGAUAAUUAAUAUUAAGUAUUGUUUUAUGCAACUUCUCCCAUAAACUAAAUAAGCAUACAUAUUUUCUAUAUUGUAUUUAAUUGAUACUAUAGUUACUCUAAAUAAUUUCGCUAAUCAAUAUUAUUUUUUUAUUAAAAAACAAAUUUGAAUAGGUCAGAUCUGAACCAGUUGGUUUUUAAUAAAGACAUAUGAAACGUAACGCUAUUUUCUUAUUCGUAGAAUAUAGUUUAGCUUGAUUACUUUAUUAUUGAUCUAAACACUAUUCUAAAAAUAUGAACUUUAUUUUUGUUAAUUUAUUAGAAAGUGUAAAUGAAUAUUAAUUUUAUGGAGAUCAUCAUGGUAUUGCUGGCCUAUUAUUUCUAGAUUAUUUUAAGACUAUAAUACAUUAUUCUCACUUUAGAACUUAUAAUGUAGUCUUUAGAGGUUUAAAACAAUAGUUGCAAGACUAAACCGAAAAAAACUAGACGAAACUCUAGUUCGUCUUACGACAGUAAAGUAGUGAAAAAUCUCGCGCAGAUCUUAUUGCAUAUUGUAUCCGAACAUAAAACUCACGAAAUUUGUAAUUAUUUUCACUAUCCUCUAAAAAUACAUAUCUUAUUAGAACGGUUAUAUUGUUUUAUAUCGACUUUUAAUAUAUAUUUGUCAGUGCAAAUUGCCUUAAUGUUGAUAAAUGCCUCUAUAAGACAUAUACACGUAAUUGUAGCAACAAAAAUUACUUCUAAUUAAUUAGAUAGGAAAAUAAUCAAUCUGUGCUUUUGUUUUAGUAUAAUUUUAUUCGUUUAUUGUUUAAAAACAGUUAAAUUCGUUUAAUAGCGAAAUUGGUAUCUAAUAAUUCCUUAAGAAUAUCUUUAAAAUACAAGUUUAGAAAAUAUUGAUAACAUACUUGUAAAGUAUGGCUUUAUAAUUUCUAAUGUUAUUUUAUUGUAUAAGAUUUUAAUCUGUGUUCUUAGACAUUAAGGCACGCUAAGGAUAUAAAACGACUAUGUCAAUGACGGAGGUUGUCCCUCUAUGGCUGCUAAUACAUAUUAGACAGUUCCAAUGUUAAUUAUAUAGCCGCUACGAAAUUAGAAAUCGUAUUACCUAUAUAUAUAUAUAUAUAUAUAUAUAUAUAUAUAUCCCAGUACAUUCUAUAAUGAACAAAGUACAGUUCCACAAACAUAUAUAAACCGCUACAUCACCGAUGUAGCGGUUUAUAUAUGUUUGUGUGUGUAUAUCUUUUGGUGAAUUUAGUGUUGUUACAAAAUAGAAUUUCUACCAUUUCUACAUUAGUAGAAGUUUCCACUGAGUCCGAUAGGUUUGUGGCACGAUGAAUAACUUUAUUUUGCCAUUUGUAAAGAGAUUAACUUUACGUCCACUUUAAUUAAUAAUAUAACGUUACGACAGUUACGCCAUAUGUGCAUCAAGGUACUGUCAAAUCAAAUCAACUGUCGAUGUCAUAGUGAACGCAACAUUUGACCUGCCCGCCCACAUUUAAAUCCAACGUGGCUGGUAGCACGACUGCCGCUCUCACUCGGAUUAAUUUUACUCGAUAUAGGUAUCAGCGAAGUCUGAUAAAUAUAAAAGGAUACAUAGUUUUUAGUGUCGGCCAAAUUCGGACUUGGGAUCUUUGGAUCGCAAAAGGGAUAGCAGGUAAACCACUUGACUACGAAGCUCUAUAAAAAUAGUUCCUUCUAUCGUCGUAGAUUAAUUUGCCAAAUAAAUGUGAUAUAUAUGUAUGUACCUUAGUUUCUUUAUAUUACACUUAUUUUAGAUGUAUAUAGUUUACGUUAUUAGUUUGUCUACAUUUGCUUACAUUUCUCGAAUUGUGUAUUCAGAAUCUUUAUACAGAUCGUGUUUUAGGCAGGUAGUAUAUUUUUUAACAAUAAAUUUCGCGAAUCAAAACAACUAUCGUGAGUAAAGCAACUGGAUAAUUGAGAUGAUAACACCGCAAUUAAUCGCAUUACGGCAGCAAAUAUAAUAGGAUGUCUAUUUUUAAAGCAGUUGGAACAUUUAUUAAAUAAAUUUGACGUCUUUUUUCCCAAUUGAUCGUUUACAUAUAAUACAGAUAAAUCACUUACCAUAUAUAAUAGAUGUUAGAAAGAUGAAAUGGAUUAGGCUUACGCCAUCUAAACGUCAAUAAUUGUUUGGCUAUAACUACUAAAUAGAAACCGUUGUUCGUAUGAAUUCUAAAUAAUUAAAUAAUAGAUAGUUAAUUCAUGCAUAAAAUUAUGUGUCAUCCUAUUAUCGAAUUCUUGUAUGCUGUAGUAUUAAGUAAAAGUCUCGCAUUCCUUCCCAUGAGAAACAUUUACGAAUACAAGGUAAAAUUGCUUGGUAUUUUAAGAAAAAUUUGUUAACAUGUGUAACAUGUAAUUAAUGUAAAGUAGAUAUGAUAUUCGACUGAUUUUAAAAUAAAAAAAAAUAUACUAUGUGUAUUAGAAUAUUAGGUAAUACUUUAAAAUGUUUAAAUUUAAAAUAAACGAAAAUUUAAUUCAA